CUUUAUUCAACAUAGGAUUGCUUAAUCCUUAGUUCUAAAAUAAUUCAUUUCAUCCUACUUCUCAAGUCUAUUGCUGCCUGCACACUCUUGAACUUUGCAAUGCUUCCCUGUCAAACCCAUAUAUGCUGACAACAAUUUUUAAAAGACAUCAAUAUUAAAGAAAAGGAGGAUGUGCCCACAAAAAAAAAGUCAUUUAGCACUAGGACUAUCUGAGGCUUAUCUAAGAACUACAGCUGGAUUUGUUCUGUGGUCCAGCUGAUCAGGCAGACACCAGGUACUGCAAGAAGCCCAUUUUUUCCUGCUUCCAUGGAGAGGAUUAAUGUUAAGGCAUACAGUUAGCUGUCAGCACUAUUAAUCGCUUAAAUUCCUCAAGCUAAAGAAAAAAGAAGCCAACUCAGCAAAAAGUGUGUGUCAAGGAUGCUGUGUUUUGUCUUUCCAGCAGAGAAGCCCACAGGAGACUCCAAACAGCAUGCCGCCAGAGCAGAGCUUCUGAAGACCUGUUUCCUCCUGCACAUCUCCCUGAAGACAGCUCUCCCCAAGAAGAGGCGCUCACCAGCAGCAUGGUGGGGGUAACAGUGAUGAGGACAUGGAUUGAACCAGUGGUCGCAGGUUCCCAAGUGGCCAGUGCCUUCUAUGACACAGCACUGAUACUGGUGGUGAAGAACUACUACAACCAGACCAAUGACACCAUUCCUUCCCAUGCACUGGAAGAUGCUCAGCAGAAGGCUGUCUCUAAUUUUUAUAUCAUCUACAAUCUAGUCCUGGGCCUGAGCCCACUGGUGUCAGCCUAUGGCUUGUCCAAGCUGGGAGACAUGGUACAUCGGAAGAUCCCCAUCUGCUUCCCUCUUCUUGGCUACUUGGGUUCCAAAACUCUCUUGCUCCUCCUGAUCCUGCUGGGCUGGCCGAUCGAGGUGAUGUACGGGGCUGCCGCCUUCAACGGGGUGAUGGGUGGUUUCACCACACUCUGGGCAGGCUUCAUGGCUCUGGGAUCCCUGGGGUCCUCUGAGAGCAAGAGGUCUCUGCGGCUCAUCAUUAUUGAGCUGGUGUAUGGCCUCGCUGGCUUUCUGGGAAGCAUGGCAUCUGGCUACCUCUUUGUCGGCUUCAGUGACCGCUAUCGGGAGGGCACUGUGCUGGUGGGCUGCAGCAUCGCUUGCUAUGCUUUCUGCCUCCUCUACAGCAUUUUUGUCCUGACAGUCCCCAAGUCAGCAGCUUCCUGCCCAGCAAAAGACAAGAGUGUAAAGGACAUGGACAACCAGCUACCAGCCCACACAGGAGCAGCAGCAGCAGGGAGUUCCCAACCUUCAAGGAGCAGCAACUCCACUCCAGUAUCCCCCUCAAAACUCAUCAUCACCAUGCUGUUUGUGGCAGCAAUCCUCUACGACCUUGCUGUGGUUGGUGCAAUGAACAUACUCCCGCUCUUCUUGCUCAGGGAGCCUUUAAGUUGGAAUGCUGUGGAGAUAGGCCACGGCAAUGCUGCUGGGUAUGUGAUCUUCAUCACCAGUUUCCUAGGGGUAUUUGUGUUCUCCAAAUAUCUGAGGGACAUUACCAUGAUAAUGAUCGGAGUGACAUCCUUCAGCGCUGGCAUCCUCAUUAUGGCUUUCGUGCAGUGGACAUUCUUGUUCUACAUCGCACGGGCAGUGAUGCUCUUUGCCCUCAUCCCCUUACCAACUAUCAGGUCCAUGUUAUCCAAGCAUGUUGAAGGAUCAUCCUAUGGUAAGGUGUUUGUCCUGCUGCAGUUGUCUUUAGUCACCACGGGAGUAGUGACAUCUACAGUCUACAACAAGAUCUAUCAAAACACACUGGACUGGUACAGCGGCUUCUGCUUCAUUUUGUCUUUUCUAGUGGGCUGCCUGAGUCUCCUCCCUUUAAGCAUCGUGGCCAUCAAACAACGUUCAACCACUGGCUCCCUUCAGAUUCUGACCGAGUGACAGGCUGUACCAGCUAAAGCAUCUCUUUGUCUUCAUCAACUCUCUGAGCAACCGCAGUGGAAGGUUUGCCAAGCAUUAGUCCUCGCAGUUGUUGUUACAGGAAGCAUCUCAUCUGUAUUUCUAUUUCACAGCAUGACACGGCCUCUCAGGCACCGAGCUCACCUAGGACAAAGAAGUUUGCCUUGCUAUUUCUGCAGUGCAUCAUCUUGCAGAGUACAUGCAUUGGCUAUCGCACACCAGCAGUCUUCAGCAGUCUUACAGGAACCUGGUAGGCUGGCUAGCAAGAGUGCAGAGACAAGAACAGGGUAGAAAUGGAAACCGCAUUUCUAGAUACAUCAUUCAGUGUGGAAGGGAAAAGCAGAAGAUGAGUUUUCCACUAGUUCCUUCUUGUCUUCUCACAGAAGAUGUGUCAGCUCAGCUCAUCAACACAUAGAAGACCAUUAAAUACAGAAAUACCACCAUACAAAAAUAUGUAAGAUUAAGACACUUUUAGUAAUCCCUACAAUAAACCACUCCUGAACAUGUG